AUGACGACAAGUACUAACAGUAUCAGUGACCGUUAUGCAACUGUCAAACAAGGUUCUUGGUUCAACCAAUUCCGCAGUGGCUCCAAUCCUUGGAUGGCUAGAUAUGUUUACAGUUUCAUGUUUCUGCUGGCGACUUUGCUGGCGUGGAUUGUUCGUGAUUAUGGCUCUAAAACUCUGAGCCAUUUCAAGAGGACUAAUGACUGCUCUGACAGGGCAUAUUGCUUUGGUAGAAUGGGAGUUCUCAGAGUGAGCAUGGGCUGUUUUAUGUUCUACUUCUUGAUGUUUGUGUCCACAUUAGGCACUACAAAGUUGAUGGAUAGAAGAGAAACAUGGCACUCAAGAUGGUGGUUUGCCAAGAUUCCUAUGAUGAUAGCACUAACUCUCCUCCCCUUUUUCCUUCCAUCUGACCUUAUUGAGGUCUAUGGACAUCUUUCACACUUUGGAGCUGGGGUGUUUUUACUAGUCCAGCUUGUUAGUAUAAUCAGUUUCAUCACUUGGCUAAACGAUUUUUGCCACUCCGACGAGUAUGCAGAUACAUGGCGUGUACACGCGAUGAUCCUUGCAGCAACCGCGUACAUUGUGUCCAUUCUCGGGAUCAUCUUGAUAUACAUUAUAGAAGGUGUUGGCGCCCUAAACGUUUUUUUCAUCUUGACGACGGCUGUGCUCAUCCACCUCAUGACCAUUGUUUCUAUCCGGCCUGAAGUGAAUGCAGGGUUUCUGACUUCAAGUCUCAUGGGACUUUAUGUUGUGUUCCUCUGCUGGUCUGCCAUCAGAAGUGAAGAGGCAUCUGUUGAUUCAGAAGUAAAAAUUAUCACCAUCAUAAGCUUUGUUGUGGCAGUAAUGGCAAUUGUGAUUGCAACGUUUUCAACCGGCAUUGAUUCGAAAAGCUUUCAGUUAAGGAAUGAACAAGAAGAAGACGAUGAUGUUCCGUACGGAUAUGGAUUCUUCCAUUUUGUUUUUGCCACUGGAGCCAUGUAUUUUGCAAUGCUGUUAGUUGGAUGGAAUGCCAAGAAUCCCACCACAAAGCUUACAAUUGGUAUUGGGUGGGCCAGCACUUGGGUUAGGAUAGUCAACGAGUGGGUCGCAGCUGGCGUUUACCUAUGGAGGAUUGUAGCUCCAAUCAUUUGGAAAGGUGCUCGAGCCAAUGAAUCACAAGUGUGA